ACCAUUGUCAUGAUUGUGCCUUCUCCCAUGGCUUUCUGGGCUGUUCAUGCAAAAUGGAGGAAUAUGACAAGGUUGGUGUUUGGUGUAUCUAUUCAGGUUCGAUGGAGGGCACUCUUUCUUGCAUUCAUUCUACUUAUACUUGUCUCUGCCUCUUUUGGCCAAGUUUCCUGUCCUAAUGAUUGGAUCAUUCGUUCGAGAUACUGCUACAAACUCUACAAUGAGAGUUUGUCAUGGCAACUAGCAGGAUCACAGUGUAAAUUUGAUGGAGGUUUCUUGACUUCUAUAAUCAACAGAGCGGAGAAUGACUUACUAGUAGCGAUGUUCAAAGAUCUGACAUCCUUAGCCUGGAUAGGAAUGGAUUCUACAGGACGAUGGUUGGAUGGAUCGAGUUCUGAAACAUUCUACAACGGAUUCAGAUAUGAAACGCUUAGUACUAGCAAGUGCUCAGUAAUUGAUCUUGAAAGAAAUGGAAUAUGGAACGUAUCAGAUUGUCUUGAUUCUAGACUCAAAUUCAUCUGCAAGAUAGAUAAAGAUCGCCCCGAUGGGACGCCAUCUCCUCCUCCGACCCCUCCUAAGGGUAAUUGGUGGGAGGGUUGGGGUGAUGAUGAUUAUGAUGACUAUUCAUUGUAUCCACCAGGAGCACCUUGGGAUGCAGGAAGAAUCACAUUAGUAGUGGUCCCCCUCCUGGUCGUUUUGGGCAUCAUUCUGUUCAUAUGUUGUGGACCUAACAGAUGUGAGCGUUUGUUAACUAGCAUUGGCAACUGUUUAUGCGACUCGCCGGGUCGAUUGUGGGGCUGGAUACGCCGCGGGCCCGCACAGAUAUAUGAGUGGUUGUGUAUUUUAGGGCGAGCUAUCCAGUCAUGCUUUGCCCAUAUUUACCGAUGUGUAACCUGUAGAGAAAUGCGCAGAAAGCGACGCGAGAGGAGGGAAAGGACAUCGUGUCGUGAUCCUGAAACGCGGGAACCUCUUAAUCAGGCUCCAGAUGCCCGCAGCCGUACUGAUCCUAAUCGGCAUUCAAGGGCUACUCCAUCAGCACCGCCAUCUGAGCCACCAGCACGGGCUGGUAACGUAACCUCUGAUCGUUCGUCACCGUUGCAUUCGCGAAUUACACCAACAGCGCCCCCACCGUCAUCGCCGCGUGGAGACAGAGCAGCGCCGCCAUCCUAUGACAAAGCUUUCGAUUCAAAAUUUGACAUUCUACCAGCCGACAACGCAGAUGAGUCUAUACCAGUACCAUCCUAUGAGUCGGUAUCGAGAUUGUGAUAGGUGCAUUUAGAAUUUAGUUGUCACGUCAUCAUGGUGGUCAUGCAUGAAUAUUCAGUCAUAGAAUCGAAUAAAAUGUAGGUAUACAGGUUUUGUAUUAUGCGAGACAAGAUGCGUCGUAAAGUUGAAGGAUAGAUGUUUCCAAUGAAAUCUAGACCAGACUAUAUAUUUGAAAAUUAUACAACAUACUGAUAAUAUUUCGAUAUUUUUUACUCUAUGCCUAUAUAUAUACUUGACUUUUUACAAUCUGUAUUUACCUUGGAAAAUUCACCUUCGAAGUAGGCAUACUCAACUUAUUUGCCCCUCAUGCAUCCGAGAGUUGGUACCUAAUACUUAUUUGGCGUUGAGUGUCAUGGAUCGAGCAUGGACAUAGAAAUUCUCAUCUGGAUUAUACAUAUUCAAAGAUAUUUUUCAUCCCUUUUCCAAAGGCGUUUCGAACAAUGCAUAGUGACGGUUUGACUGUUUACAAGAUAUGGGCCCCGUGACACAAAGUUUUGCGAUGAAUAGCAAAAUAAAUAUAUGAAAGAACGCUUCUGAUUGGUUAAGUAUUUUGAGCCAAAUGCACGUGUAACAAUGAUCUUGAUUGGUGUAGUAGGUUUCACGGUACACCAUGUAUCUUUCUUGGGCAAGUGCUGGUCCUGAAAAGGACCACCCAAUCUCGACGUUUCGACAAGUUUGUUCUUGUCGUCUUCAGGAGAAUGAGCAAAGGUUGAUGGUGUAGGAGUUAGAUUGGCGUUCUUCAACAUGUUCAACCUAGUAGAUCAUCUGUGCCAGGUCGUUUUCGAGUUAGUUGCUUAAUUCCCGCUUUGAACAGUGUCCCCGGCAUUAGAUUAGUCUGACCUGUCAUAUAGCGAGGUACAAUAUGAUUAUGAUUUGUUACCUCCACCAGUAAAUUGUGCAUUUUUGUACUUCAUAGUAUAUAUGCAAACUUAUAUAUGAAGCUAAGUCGAAGCUCAAUUAUAGUAGUCUAAGAAUUAUAACAUCACUAAUCAUCAGAACAAAAGGAAGAGAAAAAGAGAAAGAGAGAAAGAUGGAAAGAGAUCAAUGGAAUAUUCUUAUUCGAUUUUUUUCUUUUCACAUAAUUAAGGAUGACUUUAUAAUCUUCAUUUGUAAAAACAGGCCUUAUAUACUCUGUCAAAGUGCCGUAUGCACGGUACCUUGCAGGGUACAUGUUUCUGAUUGGCUAGAUAAGUCACAUCUUGAUCGGUCAGUUCAUUUAGCGGUUGAUCGCUUAUCUUUGUAUUACGCUCCCCUGAUAGAUUUUUCCAUUGUGUGGCUGCCACUCUUUGUAAGAAUACACCUUGUCUUAGCUUUGUAUGAACGCGAUUCUUCUGAAUUUUGAAAUUGUGUCCACGAUUUAAAUGCAAUACACAUUACUACCAUUAUCCAGAAAGUUACUCUAAUCUUCACUCACUUCGAGAAGUUGAGAUUAACAAGAUCUUCCUUUGCGGAAACCAUGCUGCUGCUCUGAUCACAGAUCAUAUCCAUCCAUAUGAUGCACUAUAAUUGUGGAGCGCUGUGGCGCUCCGCAAUUAUAGUUGUAGCGACCACUUCAAAUUUUGUUGUAGCGACCACUUUAAUGUCAGCGUUGUCCAAUUUGAUAUCGAAUGGUAAUUUAUCUAAAGAAUUGCUGAAAAGCAUACAUUUCGUUUUUUGUACAUUGAUUGACAAUUUAUUAGAUCUUAUUCAUUGUACUAGCUUCUCCAGUUCAAUGUAUUGACUAAAAUAUCGGGAUUAGGAUGAGAAUAAAGUACAUUUGAAUCAUCUGCAAAAAGAAUAUAAGAUAACAUUGUCGAAGAAUUGUGGAUGUCAUUUAUAUAGAUCGAAAAUAACAGUGGGCCCAGUAUACUGCCUUGAGGAACACCAAAUUGACCUUUAGUAGAGAAGAAUUUCGUUCAUUUAUGUUAACAAAGUGUUUACGGUUUAUUAGGUAAUUCCUGAACCACUCCAAGGCCUUUCCACGGAUUCCGUAAUUUUCAAGUUUGUAUAGUAGUAUUUUAUGAUUUAUAGUGUCAAAGGCCUUGGAGAGGUCCAGAAAAACACCCACUGUAUGUUCAAAGUUAUCAAUAGCUUUUGUAAUUUUUCAACAAAUGAAAGAGUGGCAUGAAAAGUACUCUGCUUUUGGCGGAAUCCAAAUUGAAAGUCAGAAAUCAUGUUAUAUUUAUUCAAAAAAUCUGGUAGUCUUGUAUAUAUCACUCUUUCUAGAAUCUUUGAUAGAGUAGGCAAUAAAGAUAUCGGUCUACAGUUACAUACAUUAUUCUUAUCUCCUUUUUUGUACACUGGUAUUACCUUAGAUAUUUUCAUAAUAUGGGCCAAUAACUAUGUUAUUCUGCCUAAAUACCAUGAACAGAAUUUGAAAAACCCUGAAUCUUGUGUAAAAUGAUUACAUCACACGAGUUUCCUUUUGAUUAUAUUAAAAUUGAUGUACUAAAAAAUCUGUCAGCUUUCCAUUUUUGGUGUAAAUACUAAAACGCCAAUAUUGCAAUAUGAAACACGAAUCAUCUACCUAGUGACUAUCAUGACAUUGUCAUUCGAAUUCAACAUGACACACAUGCCCAUACACCCACACACACAAACACACACACUCAUCCACACACACA